AUGGGUGAUGUGCUCGGUCUGCGGAAAACUAUAUUCGUCGGCGGCAUCUUCACUUUGGUUGGUCAAGUUGCCUCAUGCACUUCUUUCCAACUGCUUCAACCGCUGAUUGGUCGUAUCAUCACCAGUGUCAGCAUCGUAACUCUCUUCAAAAUGGUACCGGUUCGGCAGGCGGAAUGUUCCAAACCCACAAAUCGGGGAAAGUACGUCGUUGUUGAUGGCAUCUUCAUGAGCAGCGGCUUUGCGGCAAUUUACCGGAUCAAUUCCUACUCUGUAUCGUGGCUAGUUCCCGUCACGAUCCCGGCUGUUUCCUUCAUCAUUCUGGUUUCUUCCGCCUUCUUGUUCCCCGAGUCGCCUCGCUGGCUCGUUCCUAUCGGCCAAUGA